AUGGACCCCACCGGCGGCGCCGACACCAUCCUCGCCGAUCCCCUCCUCCAUCCCCUCCCGCAGUCCAUCAAGCAGCAGCAGGAGGAGGAGAGCUCGUCCGCUCUCGCCGGCGUCUCCGACUACCUUGGGCGGCCCGUGCAGCGCGGGAGCUCCGGGGGAUGGAGAUCCGCGCUCUUCGUCGUGGGCGUUGAGAUCGCCGGGAGCUUCGCCUACUUCGGCAUCUCGGCGAACCUGAUCACGUACCUGACGGGCCCGCUGGGGCAGUCCAACGCCUCCGCCGCCGCCUCCGUCAACGCCUGGUCGGGCACGGCCUGCCUCAUGCCCCUGCUCGGCGCCUUCCUCGCCGACGCCUACCUGGGCCGAUACCGAUCCGUCAUCAUCGCCUGCACCCUCUACGUCCUGGGGUAUGGCAUGCUGACGCUGUCGGCGACGGUGCCGGCGCUGCGGCCGUCGCACAUGCCCUGCAGGGAGGAUGGCGAUUCCUUCUCUUCGUCCGUCUGGGAAGUCUCGUCGUCGGCAUACUCAUGCCAGCCCGGGUGGCCGCAGGUGGCCUUCUUCUACGUGUCCCUCUACCUGAUCGCCAUCGCGCAGGGCGCCGACAAGCCGUGCGGGCUGGCGUUCGCGGCGGACCAGUUCGACGCGGAGCACCAGGGGGAGCGCGCCUCCCGCGGCUCCCUCUUCAACUGGUGGUUCUUCUGCAUGGCCAUCGGCAUCUCCGUGUCCGUCUCCGUGGUGGGCUACAUCCAGGAGUACGUCGGGUGGGGGCUCGGCUUCGGCGUCCCCUGCGCCAUCGUGCUCUGCGCCUUCCUCGUCUUCCUGCUGGGCACCCCGACGUACCGCCUCUACGCGCCCACGCCGGAAGCCAAGUCCCCGUUCCGCCGCCUCGCACGCGGCCUGGCCGCCGUCGUGGCCGGCAAAGCCAAAGCAGGAGGCCUCCUUGUCUCCUCGCAGCCCCAGGCUGACUCUGAGCAAGAAGAGGCAGACGCGCGGUGCGUGCUGCGGCUGCUUCCCAUCUGGGCGUCGAGCCUGGCGUACGGCGUGGUGUACGCGCAGAUCAUGACGCUCUUCAACAAGCAGGGGCGCACCCUGGACCGGCGCAUCGGACAGAAGGGCCUUGAGCUGCCUCCGGCGGUGCUGCAGACGCUGGGCCCCGCGAGCAUCCUGCUGUUCGUGCCGGUGUACGACCGCGCGGUGGUGCCGGCGCUGCGGUGGGCGACGGGCAACCCGUCGGGGCUGAGCAUGCUGCAGCGCGUGGGCGCGGGCAUGGCGACGUCGCUGGCGGGCGUGGCGGUAGCGGCGCUGGUGGAGGCGCGGCGGCUGGCGACGGCGCGGGAGCACGGGCUGGUGGACGACCCGGCGGCGACGGUGCCCAUGAGCUGGGCGUGGAUCGUGCCGCAGUACGCCAUGAUGGGGGUGGCGGACGUGCUGGCCGUGGUGGGCCUGCAGGAGCUCUUCUACGACCAGAUGCCCGACGGGCUCCGCAGCCUGGGGCUGGCGCUCUACCUCAGCGUCAUGGGCAUCGGCGGAUUCAUCAGCAGCCUGCUCAUCUCCGUCAUCGACGGCGUCACCGGCAGCGGCGGCGGGGACAGCUGGUUCGCCGACAACCUCAACCGCGCGCACCUCGACUACUUCUACUGGCUGCUGGCGGGGCUCAGCGCCGUGGAGCUCGCGCUCUUCCUCUUCUUCGCGCGCUCCUACGUCUACAAGCACAAGUCUGGCGGCAGCAGCAGCAGCAGUAGGCGCCUCUCCUGCUCAUCCACCUCCACGCUUGGGAAAGGGAAAUACUCCUGCUAG